UGUCGAAGACUAAAAAAAAAAAAAAAUGGCAUCAUCCAGUGAAAGCGACGGAGGUGCCGUCGAUCCUAAAGUAACUUUGGCACUUCGCACGAAGGCGAAACGUGCUCACACUCGGAGAGCAAAUAAAUUGAGCUCGUUGAUUGAACAAUCGGCCCCAAAUGAAGAAGUAGCAGUAGCCCUGGCUGUGCUAGAAGAAGCAUAUAUUGAAGCGACUACAUUGAAUGGCAAAUACAAGCAAACUGAGAAUCUUAGCGAGGAGCAACAAUUAGCAGCCACUCAAUGGGAGUCAGAAGUGUCGGAGCUGUUUAACGGAUGCAGAAAUGCAGCACAAGGAUAUCUACGAAAGGAGAAGAGGGACAAGCCGACAGACAGUGACGAUGGGCCGGUAAAUGCCAAGAAAAGAAGAAUCGAGUUGGAGCAUCAACGCCAACAAGUAGCCAUUGAAGAGCAGCGUAAAUUGGAAGACGUGCGCCAACGGAGCAAGCGAGAACAAGAAGACCUUACCUUGCAGAUCGAGUUCCACCGCCAGUUGGAAGGCCUUACAUCUACAUUUGCACCGGGUUUGUCAUCGACGAUGCUGAAUGUUGCGCCGGAGGAAGAGAAGAUACCCACAGGUUGUUGGCCCAAGAUAACCAUCAAGCCGUUCAACGGGGACCCACGGACAUGGCCAGAAUUCUCACUAUCAUUUAAAGCUGUAGUUCAUGACAGUCGCAUGCCUGACUUAAUGAAAAUGAUAGCACUGCGCGACAAUCUGGAUCCUGAGGUUAGAAGAAGAGUAUCAAAUCUUUUUAGUACUUCGGCCGUAUACAACGAAACUUGGGAAACACUCAACAAUCGAUUUGGGAACGUUCAAGUGAUUAUUCAUGCGCACAUCCAGGAAUUGCUAGCGCUCCAGCCAUUUAAGUCAGGAGACUUGAGAGCCCUUAUCAACAUGGCCGCGUUGGUAAAAGACGCAGUAACGAGUGUUGAUCAGCAGGGCGCAACGUCCUACUCGAACAUCGUGAGCCAAUUGGUACGAGUCCUCCCGAAUGAGCUGCAGAGAGAAUGGGGCAGAUUUGCCUAUCCACUUAGACCCAAGAUCCCUGGAUUGGCAGAUUUCGACCGAUGGAUCGAAGGAAUCGUCGGAGCGGAAGAAUUUAUGGGCGGUUCAACUAGUUCGAAAAUACCCCAUCCUCCUAGUAACCGCCAAGUAAAAUUCGGGCCAACGGUCAUGGCGACGGUCCUAAAAUCACCGCCGGCUAAAAGUAAUGCAUGCGGAGUGUGCAAAUCAGAUCCAGGACAUCCGCUAGCAUUCUGCCAGGUGUUUAUUGACCUAUCACCUACACAACGAGCUGAAGCGGUGGCGAAAACGGAUAAUUGCUUCAGGUGCCUUGGAAGAAAUCAUUAUUCAGCCAGCUGCAAGAAAUCAACAAAGUGCACUGUAACCGACUGCGAUCAAUGGCAUCACCCGCUAUUGCAUGGAUCCGGGAGAGUGUUUCCUCGUCGGCAAGAAUCCGCCAAGGAGUAAGUGCAGCUGUUGGAUCCCGUGGGACUGUUGCGGACCAGAUUGCUGGCCACAAAAUAAAACAUGCGGCAACCGGGGAAGAGGACAGGUGUGGAAGACGAAGGGGCGGCGGCGGCUCAUAUAGAAGAAAACGUAGCGGCAAGACGGUCACAUUUUUUGCUCUGUUUUUUUCUUCUUGCUAGUUCAAGUCGUGGGAGAGAAUAAAACAUUUCUUGGCUGCA